AUGACCCUCGAAAACGACGCGGUCGCUGGUGCCACCAUUGAGCUCCUCGAGACCCGUCUCCGGCGCCUCACAUACCUCUUGACCGGCGAUGCAAACUGGACUGGCAAUCCCACGCCGCCCGCAAAGCCCGCAUCUCUGGACGACAGCGUCUCGCGCCGUCUUCUUCGCCUAGAGAGGGACCUGGAAAAGCUGAGCAGAAACAUCCCCGCCGUCCGGGACGUUCUCAGUCUUCACGACCGCUUCCCCGACCUCUUCCGCCAAACACCUUCCAAAUCACUCCCUGAAAGUCUAUCGACGCAAAAUCUCGCCUCGAUUGUCUUAUCCUACGCUUCCGCAUUCCCCGAAACCGCGUCUCGACUUACUUCAUUGAAUGACCUCCCCAUCCCGAAUGCCGAGACUUCGGCGUCGCUUAUCCAGCUCCAACCACGACUUGACCAGUUGGCGCAGACUCAGGAUGACCAGGCCAAACAAAUCUCCGAGCUACGUGUACGGUCUGCUCGAGUCUUGCAGCGAUGGUAUGAAGUGGCGCUGGUUAGUGGCGGUGAAUGCUGGGCCGAAUGGGAAGGAAGACUUGAGGAUGUGGAAAGGGAGGUCAAACGGGAGGAAGUGGUGAGAAUGGGGUGUAUGGACGAAAAGGUCGUUGAAAAUCAUCAGUCCUUUCUUUUCUUUCUUUUGGCUGGAUAUGAAACAGACCGACCGGCCUUUGGUCUUGCUCCCUUCGGGAUCGAACAAAGAGCGGCAGCCGGGUUGCAGUAUACCGACGCACGGAGAGGAUCUGGACUCCCGGCAGAACUGAUCGACCACGCCGGAACCCGAAGGGAAGAAUGGGCAUACCUAUCUGGUCGCAGUGAUCCGUACCUGCUCAUUUCGAGGACACAAGUCACCUUACCUUACGGAGUACAUACAUUGUACAUAUUGGAGACGAAGACCCACGGGGAAGAGUCCCGACCGGAGAAGGGAGAGCGCACAAGGAAAAGAACUCGUGAUCAGCCAGUUGUCUCACCUGCUUACUGUAUGGAUACUGUGUGUACACUAGGUGGUUGUGAUGGGCUGGCUGGUCAGCAACAGACCGAUAGGGGUAUCUGCAGGUCUAAGCCUUGCAGUAACAACCAUCAAACCCGGGACCUUUGCAUUUGUGGUGAUGACACCACUCCCACAGAACUAGUUGUGUGUAUUGUUGCAGUUAAACCUGUGUUCCAUACGAGUCAUGUUAUCCCAAAUAACCCAACUGAUAUCUACCGAAUUGGAAAAGCACUGUUAUUAUCGAUUUCCAGGAUCACCUGGGCUAAUUUCCCAGGUCUCAGCGACCAAACCAACUUGCUCAAUGCGGUGGAAAACCCACAGGCCAUUGACGCCGCCACGAGAGCCACAACUCAGCCUCAGCCUUUCCAGGGGCCAGAAUGGACGAAGAGAAUCCACCGCCGGCACUAG